AUGAGCGCCUCAAAUUACGAUAGGUUCAAUAGGAGGUCAACCGACGGUCGUGAUAUGGAUUUCAAUAGCAGUCAAAUUUCAGCCACUAAAAGAAUCGGUUUGGGAAUCGCAAAGAGACCUGGUGACAAUUUAACGGCUUUCUCUUCUUCUAAUGGAACUAAUUUAGGGUCGACACCUAUAAAAGGUUUGGCUUCACUUAUGAAUAGAUUUUCAAUUGAAUCUGUAGAUUCAGAUGAGAUGGAUCAAAGUGUCAUUAGUUCUAUGGAUGAGUCUUCUUUUAUUACAAAUAAUAAAAUCGAGGUAAGUGCUAACGACAAACUUUAUCAGCUUGCUAAUGAAUAUACAGUGGACGAUGGUAAUACCAAUCCAACACAAGAGACUUCUAGGAAAAAUAAUGAUGGUGAUAUGACACCAAGAACGAAAUAUUUUUUCCAAAAUAAUACUUCAAAAUCAAAAUCACACGCGUCUCUACCCAUUAAUCAUGAUCUUAAAGGGAAUUAUAAUGUUAAAAACAAAAGUGGCAGCCGUAGUAGCACAGCAUUACCAUCUCAAAAUAAUCUUCAACAUCCUCCAAUGAAUAGUCAAAAGUUUGAUAAUUCUAAAUAUGCACGGACAAACAACCAUCCUGUAUCUCAGGUUAAGAAUAUACAUGGCGCAUCUAAAGGUAUUGAGUAUUCACAAAGUACACCAACGUUACCAAACACAUACCAUCAAGCUAAUAACGUACGCACCGGUAAACCGAUGACACCUUCUCAAAAAUAUAGAUCUCAUAAAAGUAAUGCGUCUCUUAGAAGAAGUAUACGAAGAAAAGAAAAAUAUUAUGAACAAGAAGAUGCAAAUGACAGUAUGGAAUUAGUGGAAGCCGAUGUAAACAAUUCACUUAUUUGGAAUGUACCGAUGGCAUCGUAUUCUACAAGUUCAUUCUUAGAUGCCCAAGUUAAUUUAAAUAAAAAAAAUAAUAAAUCAUAUCUCGUACAUUCUGGACAAACUGGAAAUGAGUUCAGACCUCCCUCAAAAUUUAACAUAGAUUAUCAACGACAUUCAAAUAAUGCUGCAAGUGCCCCUCACUUACCAGCAUAUGAUUUUUCUAGCAUGCCGUUAUCUCCAAUACCAGGAAUAAAUGCAAAAUCCGAUUUACAGUUCAUUAAAGAGACAACUCAGAGUUUAUCAUCUGUUUAUUUACAAUCCUCCAACAGGUUAUCAAAAAGUAAAUUACUGGAAAGGACUGAUUCCGCAGAAACGUUACCCAUCGAAUUGAAAGACGCAAGUAAUAAUGGAAUGGAAGAUUUAAUAUUAGUUUCAGAAAAUAAAUUAAAUAUGGUGAGUCAUACAAGACCAAGUUGGCUACCGCCAAAAGAUACUGAGGAAAAGAAAAAACAUGAAUCUCAAAUUUCCAAAAGCAUGAGUAUUGCAUCCAUUGAUCAAUUAGACAGAAAUAAAGAUUCUGAAGAGAGAAGGUUGAAAGAUGAAACUAACAGAGCUAAGUUUACUUUACUUCUAGAAACAGGAAUUACUAGAAACUCUUCAAUUAAAACAUUGAAAAAAUUGAUUUGGGAAACUUCUCUUCCAACUGAAUUGAGAUACGCCAUCUAUGAUGAGAGUCUUCAGAGCAACAUUAGAUUCAUCUCUAGUAGUUAUAUUGAAUCAUUUCCACAGAUGAUGCAAUUAUUCAACAAUAUGUCGUUUCCAAGAAUAAAAGAAAUUGAAAUUGAGAAAUUAAUUGAAUCUGGGAUCACUAGUAAGAUCAAUGGUAAUUAUGAGAUUUCUGAAAAUUUAGCUUUACUUUUACAAUUAAAAUCAAUUUCUCAACAAGGUUUGGUUGCUGGUGAUGAAAUGUUAUUCCAUCAUUUUUUAUUAGACCCUUCAAUAAGUGGUAGUUUGGAAAAGGUUUGGGAUAUAGUUAAUCUAAUUCAAUUGACUUGUUUCAAUGAUGUUGUCCAUUCGAAAUAUGAUGAAAAGAUUCUGGAACCUAAUGGUGUUAUUUAUCGACAUAUUGGAGUGGAUCCAAGUUAUAAGAACGAAUUUAACUCGGAUACUUUAAAUUUCUUAACUUGGUGGAAUAUUUUAGAGAGGAUAGAUCAUAAUUUAUUCAUGUGGGUAAUUGACAUAAUUGUGAUCCAUAAUACUCAAUCAUUUAAGAACUACCCUAUUAAGAAAGAAGAUUUCGGCAAUAAGUCAUGGGAGUACUACAAAACCAAAAGAGUUGUUUCUAAUUACAAAAUUUUAUUAUCCUUUACAUUAUCCGUUUUAUUGAAUUAUCAUUUUCAAUAUAACGAUCUAAAGAGUUUGGCAUUGUUAGAUGAUCAAUCGUUUUGUAUACCAAUGCCUUUGGAUGAAUUGGUGGAUGAAACAUAUGUCAAUUCUGUAUUUAUAAAGAAAUGGUUACAAUACUAUACUAAGUUCUAA